UCAACCGGAAAAUUUAUUAAAUUCAAUAUAUUCUCGAACUAUUAAGAAAACAUUGCAAUAAUCCAAGGAGUAGUAUUAUAAAAUAUACAAUACAAGCCGCCAGAAAGAUGUGGAAGCACUCUGUAUCCUUCCUACUUUUUAUUCUUAUUUGGUGUGAUUUUAACAAUUUGGCCACGGCGCGCACAUCGAAAAAAUUGAAAGUGCGAUUACCAGAUGAUGGCAUAUUAGUUGGACGCCAUUGGACGUCACACAAAGGUCGAAGUUUACGUGCAUUUCUCGGUAUACCCUACGCCCAACCGCCUAUUGGACUGCUUAGAUUUUAUCAACCGCUUCCAUAUAUAUCUUGGGAUGGUGAGCGCCUUGCUAUUCAAGAUGCACCAGAAUGCAUGCAUCGUGAUCUUUAUACACAACGGCCAGAUAUCUAUGGUAAAGAAGAUUGUCUUUACCUUAACGUUUACACACCAGAGAAUGCAAAUCCAUUGAAACCCUUGCCUGUCAUGGUCUAUUUUCACGAUGGUGGUUUAACAAGCGGCUCAAGCUUAAGCCAACAAUAUCGUCCAGAUUAUUUGCUGGAUCAUGACAUUGUGCUGGUUACUGGUAACUAUCGUCUGGGUGUACUGGGUUUCCUUAGCACGGAAUAUUUUGAUUGUCCGGGUAAUUUCGGUCUGAAAGAUCAAGUUGAAAUGCUACGUUGGGUAAAGAAAAAUAUUAAAUCCUUCGGUGGUGAUCCGAAAAGUGUAACGAUUUUCGGUAAUGGUUUCGGUGCAGCUAGUAUUACUUAUCAUCUCUGGUCGAAUUUAUCCAAAGGACUUUUCCACAAAGCCAUUGUUCAGUCGGGAACCUAUUUCAAUCCAUGGGCACAACCCCAGGUAGUAGUACCCCCUCUUGUGCAUGUAAAUCUACUUGGAAUCUUAACCGCUUGUAAUGGAUUUGAAUACGAAGGGGAUAUGAUGCGAUGUUUACGUAUGGCAGAUGCAAGGGACCUUGUUGGAACUAGCUUUGAGGUUUAUGCCUGGGAUUUUAACCCAAUAGUAACACUCCCACCGGUCUAUGAGCCUCCACAUGAGGGUGCAUUCCUUACGCAUUUGCAAGGCCGAGAUGAAUUGCCGCACGGCUUUUUUCUGCCACUCAUGAUUGGUGCCACAUCAGAAGAGGGCUUAGUCAAGACCAUACCUUUAGUUAAUACGCCCGAUGCAUUAAUAGAUUUCAAACUUUCUAUGAAGUGGCUUCUGGCAGUGGCAUUGCAAUACGAACAGCAUAAUGAUAUGGAUCAACUUCUGAUUACGGAUAAAAUUCAAGGUUUCUACUUUAAGAACGGACCGGAUUUCAACAAAUAUGAUCAUACAAAUUUAACGGCUGCCUUCUCUGAUGCAUUGUUUCUGGCGGGCAUUGAUAAGUAUAUACGUAUGCGUAUGAACGCACAGCUGAAUAACACAACGCCACCGUUUUAUGUAUAUCUCUUUGAGCAGCGCGUUCCAGCGAGUUUUACCGAGCUACUCAUGGGCGGAAGUGAGAAAUUCUCCGGUGUUUGCCACGGCGAUGAACUGCAAUAUCUUUUCCCGUUGGGUCCGAAAUACUUUCCAACAGCAUCACCCACAGCGGACGAUGUGAAACUGCGUGAGGCCAUGGUGGCAAUGUGGGUGAACUUCGCCAAAGAAGGUAAUCCAACGCCUGCCGGUUCUAAUCUGCCUUUAUGGGAACCCGCCAAAGAGUAUCCAGUGCGAUAUGCCCGGCUGGGCAAUAAACAUCCAUCAAAUUUUACCUUAUUAGAAAUGCAGAGUAAUAUGUUUGAAGAUCGCCUGAACUUUUGGCAUGAACUGAAACCUCAUCUUACAAAGGUAGAGCGUGAGUUUGAGCUAACUGGUACUCUCUCAAUGUAAAAACAGAGAAAAUAAAUUUUUAAACUGAAAAUAACU